UCGUUAUUUUCAGUCGGGAUCGGGAUACAAACACUUUACGGUAAAAAAAAAAGUGAUGGACUAAAAUAAAAUAUUUUGAUUUAAUUUUAAAGAUGGGAGGCUUAUUUUCUAAAGAGAAAAAGUCUAAACCAACAGAAUCAAAGGUUACAGAACAAGACAAAGCCAUUCUGCAACUCAAACAGCAACGAGACAAACUAAAACAGUAUCAGAAGAAAAUAGGGGUCCAGAUUGAGAAAGAUAGAGAAGUUGCCAAAUCAUUGCUUAAAGAUGGCAAAAAAGACAAGGCCAAACUCAUGCUAAGGAAAAAGAAGUUUCAGGAGUCAUUAAUUGAAAAGACAGAUGGACAGCUAGAAAACAUAGAACGAAUGGUCCAUGAUAUAGAAUUUGCUCAAAUUGAAAGCCAGGUUGUCCAGGGGCUGAAAGUUGGCAAUGAUUCUUUGAAAAAGUUGCAUGAGAUUCUGUCACUUGAAGACGUGGAAAAGAUCAUGGAUGAUACAAGAGAAUCUAUUGAUUAUCAGCGUGAGAUAGAUGACUUAUUAUCAGGUGGUUUAACAACACAAGAUGAAGAGGAUGUUCUCGCAGAGCUAGAUGAAAUUGUCAAGGUGGAGUUACCUGAAGUACCUACAGAUGAACUUCCUGAAAUAGAGGAGAAAAAACGCAAAGAAAAAUCCCAGAGAGAUCGGCAGCAAGCUGAGGCCAUGAUGGCAUCAUGAUGUUGGUUAGAAUUAAGGGCUCCGGUCAUCAGUGAACUCUGUGAUAAACACAUCUGACAAUAUACACCAUUUGUAUCAAUAUAACAUAAUUUAAAUUUUUUUGUUCCAAAUUGACAUUGUAUUAAUUAUGCUUGCAUAAUGCUUUUUCUAUGUUUGGAGGAUGUUUUGAAUUUUUAUGGCUCCUUAUAUAUAAUACAUGUCCUAUUUAUUAAAGCAACUUGGUAUCGUUUAAAAAGAAAAAAAUAUCUAGAAAGUAAGUAACUAAAGACUGCAUCUAGCAAUGUGAUGUAAAAAAAAAAUUGUAUCACAUGCAGCAUUCAGAUAUUAUGAAUACUACAGUGUGUUCUGUAUACUUGUAUGUCAUUUAGAGUGAUACGGUUACUGUAUACUCGGUGGUUAAAUGAUUCCAUUUAUUUACAAGUAUAUACAGGUACGUAUACACUUCUUUUUAAAUAAAACAAUCAUGGGCAAAUUGGAUUGUAUACACUGUUCUUUUGUAUUUUCUUUUAAUGUGUAUGUGUAACAUUAAUCAAACAACAGUCUAUGAUGUGUAAUGGGUAAUUUUUUUAAUAAUAUUAACAUUGUUAAUUCUAAGAUAAUACUGUAGAUCACUUAAUUUUCGCGACACCUUAUUUUCACGAGAUAGUCAUUGACUCUGUAUUAGCGAGACAACAUUUUCACGAAUUAUGG